AUGGUUGCUGGGAGCGAUGGUCUAAUUAGUCUAAUCGAAGAGCAGGGCGUUGAAGGUUUCGCCAACAGUGACAAAAUGACGAGAUUAGGUUGGUUCAAGGAUCGGAAGGGAGAUGUCAGAUGGGGUGUUGAGCUCGUAGAUGCGGAGGGUAUCGAAUGGGUUGAUGAGCCUGAGGCAGCUAGGCCGGAUGAAGUUGGCGAUGAAGAGUCAUCGGUUGGAAGCAGAGGAGUGGCUGAUACGAACAGCACACUUCUGGAAGGUGAGCGGAGGCCGCUUUCUCCGCAAUAUUCCGCUCAAGAGCAAGAAGCAGAAUCGAUGUUGGAACAGCAGAGCCACUCAACGUAG